UUAACGCCACACGUUGACUGGAGAGGCACUGUGCGUUACGCAGCGACAGCGCUGGAUCAUCACUGACCACAGCUGCGCAAAUCAUGAGUAUUUGGUAGCUCUUUAGAGACGCCAUAUGUAGUCUUCGGCUCCUUUGAGUGUAUACGUCUACAAAAAUAAUAAUAAAAAAUGUCUUUUUUGACCAUACCAAGCCAAGAGGGUCUUUUUAAAACGAUAAAAACAGGCAGAUCAGGCGAGGACGCAGAUAGUAGGUCACCAAUGGACGCCGAAGAUAACCAGAAUGAUGACGAUGAUGAUGAUGACACCGAAGACGUCCGCUUCAUCCCAAGAUGCUCCCCGGUGCCCAGAAAGCGAGGUGCGUCAAUUUUCGAUGAGACCGCUGAGUAUAUGCGGAUCCACUUGGCGCUGUCCGCCGGGAAGAGAGUGUCAUUUGCCGAUACAACAGGUGGGGAUCUGGUGGAUGUGAAGGAAUUUGUUGCCUUUGAUUCGGACGAUGAAGACUCUAUUGCAAAGUGGGACGAAGAGGAGGCAAAAUAUCGGAAGCCUGAGCGAGAGCCAGCCUAUCAUGUGCACCCAGAGUUUCAUGCACCCACCGGUAAUGCUCUGCUGCAGGCUGUGCGCACCAAUAAAGUGGAGGUUGAGCAGAUGUCUCCAGCUGAGAACGAACCUCUCGCAUUCACAGGGGUUAUACGAGUGCUGAACAUUUCCUUCCACAAAGCAGUUUACGUCAGAUCGACAAUGGACAAUUGGGCCACUUACUUCGAUCACCCAGCAGAGUAUGUCCCGGGAUCUCACGAUGGAGAAACUGACAAGUUCUCCUUCAAGCUGUCUUUUGCGCCACCUUAUACCACACAUGGCUCUCGCAUUGAGUUCGUUGUACGCUAUGAAACCUCUGAUGGUGAUUACUGGGCUAAUAACUCCUCUAUGAACUAUGUGGUAACUCUGCUCCUGACCUACGAAGAUGAUUCACCUCAUACAAACAUCAACACACAGGAAAUGAAAAGUAUCCUGAAACCUCCAAAAGCUUACAGUAUGAACAAUGAGUCAGAGGAUGAGCUGGAAAAGGAAGAAGAAGAAGCAGGGACCUCCGAGGCUCGUCCGGGACUUCUCCGGCCUACGCCUGUGUGUCCUGUCAUCGUAAAGCCGGAGAUUGAUGUAGAGCAGAUCGCAGCUCACCCGUCUGGUCCCUUUGUCCCACCCAACCAAGAGCUUCCAUCUGACGAUGGCACGCUGUCCGCUCACACUGUAUUCCCAGGUGAACAGUUUCCUUCUAUGUCUUCCGAAACCACACAUCAAACUAAUUCAUCCUUUGUACUCUGUGCCAGCGAACCAGUACAGCCAAAUAAGUCACAGCCUUUACCCAGACUCCACUGUGAAUUAGGCAACCAGACGUCUGAGCAGCGCGUAGACAGUAGUCCCCCUACGCCGCCGCCUGCCUCACAUCCUUUUCUGCAACAAGACUCCAAACCCAGAUCAGACAUCUCCCAGACUGGCAGAGAGGAAAUCCCUUUAGAAGCAUCUUGCAUGUGUCUUCCUGCCACAGAGACAACAACAGGAGAGGAUGGAGCUGGAGAAAAACCAGCCAGUCAUCCUUGCCUUGAACUGCCUGCUGAGCGUGCCUGUACUCCCAGUGUGACACAGGGCUUUGAGCGAGACGUUGCUGUGGGAAUGAGUGAACCUGUUGAAGGAUUAUCAGAAAGUUCCAGCAGGUCUGCAGUAAAUCAUGAAGCCAGUACGCCUGCACUUUUGUCUCCCGUGGCUGAGACUCAGACAUCUCUGAAAGCAGAAGGUGAAGCUCUACCAUCACCCGAGCUUCCAGAGAACACCUCAGUGAGUACAGGUGUCACUGAGGUGAGUGAAAGCGUAGCUCAGUCUGUCUCAGCCUUGGAAGAGAAGGAAGAAGCUGCACAUAUUUCCCCCGAUACGUCAUUAGAGAAUGAACCAAGCACAGCGUCAGGGUUUUCCGAGCCCCAGUCUGAGCAUAACAGAAACAGGAAUCUUCUGCCAUCUGUCAUAUUUCUGAGUGGAGUCGUCUCCCUCUCAAUAAUGUUGCAGGAACCCACUGUCCUCUUCCUAAUUGGACUAAUUUUCGUUUUGUGCCGUUUGUGAUUUUGCCCCAGAUCUUCUGUCAAGCUAAGUGCCUUUUCAUGGUUUUAAAAUAAGCCAUCAAGCUAAUCAACAUGCACACAAAGUCCUCUUGAAGUUAUGCCUAUUGUAUGCAAAGUCAAAUGGAAGGAGAAAGUAAUUAUGGCGAUAUUUUCAUACACAUUGUGUUUUAUAUAUAUAUAAUAAUAAUCACUGCAUUUGUACAACAUUGUGAACCUAGUAUUAAAGCACAGUGUAGUAUUAGAGCUGUUUUGUAAGUGAUCAGUGAUCAGUCAUGACCUUUUCUUGUCAUGUGGAGAGUCUCUGUGGUGUUACGUUUUAGUUUAUUUAGUCACUAUCACAAUGCACUUUCACUGUUGUCAAUGUAGCAAAUCCUGUUGUUUAAGGACUUUGACUUUUGUGAAUUUCAAGUCGUUAUCGCUUCAAAAACGAGACAAAAGAACAACAGAAAGAUUACCCUAGUGGUAAAUAUAAGAGACUUACUAUAAAAAUGGGAUUUUGUUUACAAAAUGCAAAAGAAAAACAUGGUCGUGUGUGUGUUUUUGCCUUAAUACUUAGUGAAAACAAGACUGAAAUGGUAGCCGCUUGAGUGACAGCAAAACAAGUGGAAAACUGUUCACCUCACUGUGGCACCUUUCAUUUCACAGGUCUUCCUUCUUGCUGGUAAAUGCAUAUUAUUGUUGUUGUAGCACAGCACUCAGUUAUGUAACAUAAUAGACAAUCUCACAGACGGACGGAAGCACUGAUUGAUACGUUUGAAGUGGUGAAAGUUUUUGCGGUGUAUUGCCAUUAAACAUGGU